AUGAAGCUUAUGCUGGGCCUCGGCCUGUUUCUGGCUGGCCUCCUCACAGCACAGAAUCUUCAGCAGCCCGACCUUUCUCCAAGAAGCUAUGAAGCCCAGGGCCAAGAUGGAGAGUCAAAGGCCAAGAGAAACGCCCAGCAACUGGCCUGGCGCAAUAUGCAGUUUGGUUUCAAGCUGCUCAAGAAGCUGGCUUUCAGGAACCCUAGGCAGAACAUCUUCUUCUCCCCACUAAGCAUUUCCACCGCCUUCUCCAUGCUGUCUCUGGGGGCCCAGGACUCCACACUGGCUGAGAUAAAGCAGGGCCUGAGCUUCCGGGGCAUGGCAGACAGGGACCUGCACGAGGGCUUCCACUACCUCCUCAAAAGGCUAAACCAGGAGAAGCAGGACGUCAAGAUGGACCUUGGCAAUGCCCUGUUCAUCGACAGGAGGCUGAAGCCCCAGAGGAACUUCCUGAGAGCCGCCAAGAGCAUGUACAAUGCAGAGAUGCUGUCCACCAGCUUCCAGAACUUGAAAGAAACUCAGAGGCAGAUCAAUGGCUAUAUCAGCCAGAAAACUCACGGGAAAAUCCAUAACCUAGUCAGGAGCAUAGACCCGGGAACAGUCAUGAUUCUUACAAACUACAUUUUCUUUCAAGCCAGGUGGAAAUAUGAAUUUGACCCCAAGAAAACUAAAGAGGAGAAUUUCUUUGUGGAUGAAAGGAAGACAGUGAAGGUGCCGAUGAUGUUCCGUUCGGGCCUGUAUGACAUCGCCUAUGACGACCAGCUGGGCUGCACCAUCCUGGAGAUGCCGUACUACGGGAACAUCACCGUCGCCUUCAUUCUCCCCGACAAGGGCAAGAUGCAGAGCCUGGAAGAGGGCUUGAAGGUGGACAUUUUCAGCAAAUGGAAGAGUCUGCUUGCAAAAAGGGUGGUGGAUGUGUUCGUGCCUAAGCUCCACAUCACUGGGACCUACAACUUGAAGAAGACCCUGUCCCAACUGGGCAUCAGCAAAGUCUUCGAGGAGCACGGUGACCUCAGCAGGAUCUCCCCCUACCGCAGCCUGAAAGUGGGUGAGGCAGUGCACAAGGCUGAGCUGAAGAUGGAUGAGAAGGGUACAGAGGGGGCUGCGGGCUCUGGAGCCCAGACACUGCCUAUGGAGACCCCGGAAAAACUCAAGUUAGACAGACCUUAUAUGCUACUGCUUUAUGAGAAAAUCACCCCUUCCAUGAUUUUCCUGGCAAAGAUUGUUGACCCUAGAGGGCAAUAA